CUGGGACGAUGGUGUAUAUAACAACCCCGGCAGUGGCUCCCUCACUGCACUCAAACCAUGGCGAGGCAACAAGUCGCAGUGAUCCUCCUCCUGGCGAAGGUGGUGUGCGGCGGCGUGGUGGGCGACAUCGAGAGGCAGGAGACAGGGUCGCAGUGUGGAGAUACACUCUUCCUCGACUUCUCCAACAGAUGGCCGGAGGUCCAUUGCUCUUCCCCGUGUCCUGAUGUGCACGCGUGGGCUGCCGGACCGGUUUUCAAGCGUGAGUCUCGUCUGGAGCAGUAUGGCUUGAUGGUGAGGCAGGAGUAUGGCGAGGACGGCGUGGUGACGUGCUCACUCGUGGACGACAUCUCUGACACUGUUGCCAUACAGUCCUCUCUCCAGGCUGAAGCUUGUUCUUCAGUGACUCCCUUCACCACCACCACCACUACUGGUACUGGAGGUCCCUCUGGAGUGACAGAGACCACCACCACCACUGGUACUGGAGGUCCCUCUGGAGUGACAGAGACCACCACCACCACUGGUACUGGAGGUCCCUCUGGAGUGACAGAGAUCACCACCACCACUGGUACUGGAGGUCCUUCUGGAGUGACAGAGACCACUACCACCACUGGUACUGGAGGUCCCUCUGGAGUGACAGAGACCACCACCACCACUGGUACUGGAGGUCCCUCUGGAGUGACAGAGACCACCACCACCACCGGUACUGGAGGUCCUUCUGGAGUGACAGAGACCACUACCACCACUGGUACUGGAGGUCCUUCUGGAGUGACAGAGACCACUACCACCACUGGUACUGGAGGUCCCUCUGGAGUGACAGAGACCACCACCACCACUGGUACUGGAGGUCCUUCUGGAGUGACAGAGACCACUACCACCACUGGUACUGGAGGUCCUUCUGGAGUGACAGAGACCACCACCAAUGGUAAUGGAGGCUCUUCUGGAGUGACAGACAUCACCACCACCACCACUGGUACUGGAGGUCCCUCUGGAGUGACAGAGACCACCACCACCACCACCACUGGUACUGGAGGACCCUCUGGAGUGACAGAGACCACCACCACCACCACCACUGGUACUGGAGGACCCUCUGGAGUGACAGAGACCACCACCCCCACUGGUACUGGAGGUCCCUCUGGAGUGACAGAGACCACCACCACCACCACCACUGGUACUGGAGGUCCCUCUGGAGUGACCGGCUCAACCACCAGUACCAUUAUCACUGAGCCUGGAACUUCUCCUUCAACUGUCACAGUAGAAUCAACAACUCUGAUUGAAUGUGUAACGGACAAGGAAACAGAAAUCACAACAACCCCACAGACAACAACAGUGGUCCCGACCACCACUGAACCACGGUGGGUUUGUGAAAGCGGAUGGUCUCUCUAUGAGUCAUCAUGCUACCAAAUUGACAAGAAUGUUAAAUUUGACUGGAUGCAAGGUCAGAUCUACUGUAAUGCUCUUAAUGCAGAAUACGCCAAGAUUACAUCUACAGAUCAGGCUUCUUUCCUUAGAGCCCUCGCGACCGACGAUACGUGGAUUGGUUUGACUGACCAGAGCACCGAAGGAAACUUCAUUUGGACAGAUACAUCGGUACCAGUAUUCAAUGAGUGGGCACCAGGAGAACCUAACAGCGCGGGCGAAGAGGACUGCACUGAAAUGAGGAAGGGUAAGGACUUCUGGUGGAAUGACUCCUCUUGCGGAAACAUUAAGAGCGUUUUGUGCCAGAAACCAGCCACGAAGAUGGGUUAGUGCCUGCCAGAGAAUCUGCACGUCCACGCUUCUCCCACCGGCCUCACCUAUCAGUAUUCAUCAGCACAGGAGAAAUACGAUUACAACCUGCCCGACGUGCUUCAGUAUCAAGCGUCACCAAGACUGAUAUGUGAGGACCGCAACUAUCUCUGACCUCGCUUAUCUUAAUAAAAAUGUUAAACUCA